AUGUCCACAAGAAAACGCUUGAUUUCCGUCUUGGAGCUGGGAGGCUUAGUGGACCCAGAAGUACGUUACCCCUUCAUAGGUCUAUUCGAAAGUCUACGGGCUUCCGGCUGACGUUCUGCGAACGUCCACAAGCGGAUGGGCCUCUCCCUUUAACUGUCCCCGGGCCGGGCCGGGAACUUCCCCCUUUCCGGUGACGUAACGGACCCGCGCCGGAAGAAAUGCGUGCGCCACGCGUCGCGCUUCCGGGCACUGCAUCCCCGGCAAGUGGGUCGUGGAGGCGGUGGCGGUAGGGGCGACAGGGAAGGUAAGGGAGGGUCGAAGGCGGGGAGGCUGCGGCUGCGGUGUGCCGCCUUCACUUCCCCGCUCCCCCGGGGCCGGGGGCCGGGUUUCAGAGGGGAGGGAAGCGGGGUUUCCUGUGGCGGGGAAGGUGGGCCGUGGUCGGGCGGCCUGCCUUGCCGGGGUGGCGUGUUGUGGGGCUAGGCCUCCCUUGCAGCGGGUGGCGGUGAGGCGUCCUCUCGAGCUCUCCUUAUUUUACUAGGAUUUGGAGAUUUUCUUCUUGGCUUCCCCCCAAGACGCUCGGAACUUCCUUCUCUGUCCAACCCCGUCCCACUUCAUUCAAGUUCUGUUCACUUCAUUCAAGUCCGGAGCCCCCGUUAGGGCUCUUGGCUGAGCGGGUGUUUUAUUUAUAUACCGUUAUUUAUUUAUUUAUUAAAUUUAUGUACCGCCCCUUCGCCAAGGGUCAAAUUGCGGUUUACAAGGUAAAAACGUGAAAGGGCAUAGCCACAAUGACAAAACCAAACAAUAACAUCCACCCCAAUUCGAGCUUUUCCUCUUCCUGGUCCUGCCCUGUGCCAUCACUACAAAUACGAUGCUAUAUGGGGUUUUGGGUUUUUUGUGUGUGCGUAAGGCUGCAAAAUUCAAAGGCUAGCUUGUGGACUGUGAGCUUUUUCUUUUAAGGAACUUUUGAUGGUGUGGUUUGUUCAUGGUCACUGCACCUGCUGAAAUUCCUAGCUCUAGUACAGCUGCGCAGGGGCCAGGCCUUCUGAAUACCUUUAGCAAUGGUGCAUUUGGGGCAAACUGCUUGUGGAGGCUGUUGCCCACCAGUCGAUGAUAUAUGGGGAGGAAACAGCUUGAAGGAGUGGGGGCUGUGUGCGUCACGUUCCAAAAGCCCCAGGUUUAAACCUUUGUCCUUGCUAUUAUAACAUGUGUUGGAAUCCUUUGGUCCUACAGAUGUUGUUGAACUACAAAACCCAACUUCCCUGGCCAUUGGCUGUGUUUUCUAGGGCUGAUGUGAGAUGUAGUUCAGCAAUGCCUACAGGGCCAAAAGUUACCGGUGUCUGAGUUUAAAUAAUUAGGUAGCAGGUGAUGGGAGAAACCUCUCUCUUCCCGAGAGGCUAGAGAGCUGUUCAAAGGAGACAAUAGCUGAGCUAGGAGAAUCAGGUGACUGAUGUGCUCCAAGGCAGCUUUCAAUGACCCUAUUAAUAAAUGAAUGCUGCAGUUACAUUAUACUAGCAGCCUUGUACCCAGCGUUGCUUGGAAAUUAUAUACAGUCAUACCUCGGGUUAAAUAUGCUUCGAGUUGAGAGCGUUUGAGUUGCACUCCUCGGCAACCCGGAAGUAACGGAGCGCGUUACUUCUGGGUUUCGCCGCUUGCAUAUGUGCGGACACUCAAAAUGACGUCACGUGCAUGCGCAGAAGCAGCGAAAAGCGACACGUGCGUGCCUGCACAGACAUGCCAUCGCUAGUUACAUUUACCGCUUCGGAACGGAUCCCGUUCAUAUCUAGAGGUACCACUGUAUAAACAACCCAAAACCAGUUCAUUGUUGAAACCAGUCAUUAAAAUCAGUGCAGUUUUGAAUGGUUCAAUCCACCAUUUGAGUUCAAAUGGCCUUGUAUCCAAAUAUAGACAAAAACCUUGCUCUUUCAAAAGUUUUGUUGCAAUAUCUUAGGAAGUGUCCAAAUGCAUAGGCAGCAGACGAGCAACUUUCUGAAAUAUACAGUAGAUGUUUUUCAUGAUGCCAAUCCAGCUAGCAAACUGGCCAGUUUGUUUUGGGAUAAUUAUAGUUUCCAAGUGCUUUUCAGAGGUGGCUGCAGGCAGAGUACCUUAACGGUGGUUUGGGGGACAGGAGGCGGGCAGGUGUGGAGGAUUCCCUGGUCCUGAAUGGGGUAACUGUGCCCCUGAAGGACCAGGUGUGGAGCCUGGGAGUCAUUUUGGACUCACAGCUGUCCAUGGAGGCACAGGUCAAAUCUGUGUCCAGAGCAGCUGUUUACCAGCUCCAUCUGGUACGUAGGCUGAGACCCUAUCUGCCUGCAGACUGUCUCGCCAUAGUGGUGCAUGCUCUGGUUAUCUCCCGCUUGGACUACUGCAAUGUGCUCUACGUGGGGCUACCUUUGAAGGUGACCCGGAAACUACAACUAAUCCAGAAUGCGGCAGCUAGACUGGUGACUGGGAGCGGCCGCCGAGACCAUAUAACACCGGUCUUGAAAGACCUACAUUGGCUCCCAGUACGUUUCCGAGCACAAUUCAAAGUGUUGGUGCUGACCUUUAAAGCCCAAAACGGCCUCGGUCCAGUAUACCUGAAGGAGCGUCUCCACCCCCAUCGUUCUGCCCGGACACUGAGGUCCAGCACCGAGGGCCUUCUGGUGGUUCCCUCACUGCGAGAGGCCAAGUUACAGGGAACCAGGGAGAGGGCUUUCUCGGUAGUGGCGCCCUCCCUGUGGAACGCCCUCCCAUCAGAUGUCAAAGCGAUAAACAACUACCUGACAUUCAGAAGACAUCUUAAGGCAUCCCUGUUCAGGGAAGUUUUUAAUGUGUGAUUUUAGUGUAUUUUUGGUUUCUGUGGAAGCCGCCCAGAGUGGCUGGGGAAACCGAGCCAGAUGGGCGGGGUACAAAUAAUAAAUUAUUAUUAUUAUUACUCUCGGCGUUAUUAAAAUGUGGACAGCCGGCUCCAUGAUAGGGUAGCAGCAGCCUCAUUUGUUGGUUGUCUUUUCUUUUAGUGCCUUUUUAAACACAAAUGGGUGAUGAAAAGGAAUCUUGGAAAGUGAAAACGUUAGAUGAAAUUCUUCAGGAGAAGAAACGUCGCAAAGAGCAAGAGGAGAAAGCAGACAUAAAGCGCCUCAAAAAUGUAAGCUGCCCUUCUAGAGCCAGUGCCUAUAAGGGACAUGAGUAUGUUUUCUUUUCCCUCAUUUUCUUCCCCCUCUCUCUAAUUAGAACAAAGCUUCUUCUGGUAUUCUCAGGCAGCAGUCCUGUGCACGCCUGCUUGAAGUAACUGAGACUUGCUCCCAAGUUCACACACAUAGGAUUGCAUGUCUGGUGAAAGUCUUUUGUGCUAGUCGAGUACCACUCUCAUGCUGACAUUGUGCAGUUUAGAAAACUACCCAAACUUUGCUCCCCCACCUCUAAUUAAAGAGAAAGCGUUCUAUAGGUUGUUAUAACCUGCUCCGGGACCUGCUGGUGAAGGGCAGGUAAUAACCGUAAUCUCCUCGGGGGGGGGGCAGGUUUCCUCCUAAAUAUUAUUUUGCUUAUUUUUAUGUUAUUAUUUAAUUUCUAUACUGCCUAAUAAAUUAAAAAGAUCUCUAAGCAGGGUACAGAAAACUGAAGCAACAACAGGCACCUUAAACUAUUACAACAAUACACAGUUGCAUAUAAAAAUGUUACAAUGAUAUAAAAUUACUAAUGUAUCUAUACUUAUACAUCAGUUCAUUUUCCUCCUGCCACACCCUCCGGGUUCUCACCCAGGGUCCAAACAAUCACUCAGCUCAACCAUAAAAGUAUCAUAACAAGAAGAGUUCCUGCAAACAGCAGACAUUGCCCUAGUCUCUUACUCUAGACUUGCUUUUUAUGGGCAGGCCCAAGGGGGAUGAUACUUCCUCAGGCUGCCCGCAGCUGUGUCCCAUUUAGCUGCACUCUCCACACCCAGUUCCAGGUACAGCAGGUUUGUACUUUUGCAAACCUCAGUGUUGUUGUUGUUUAUUACUGUAUUUUUCGCCCUAUAGGGCGCACUGGCCCAUAGGGCGCACCUCGUUUUUUGGGGGGGAAAUAAAUAAAAAACAUUUCCCCCCCCCCCAGCCGCGGGGCUGGGGCGGGGGAAGCCCGAGCUUCCCCCGACCCCAGCCCCCAGAACAGGCUGCUAUCCGCAAGCCUUCAUUUUGGAGGGGAAAAAUAUGGUACAUUUAUAUACCGCCCUUCAUCACAAGAUAUUAGGGCGGUUCACAGAACCAAACUGUCUUGCCAAAGGCAAGGUGGUUCUUUUAAAAUGAGAUUCAGAAGCAAUACAAAAUACACAAGUGAGUAGGAAGCCCUCAAGAAGCAGCAAUGCGACUCCCCCAGGUAGCCUUAGUUUGCAUGGCCCUGCAGCCGAUCAGUCCAUGCACGAGCUUCAAAGAAACUCUGCCCAAACUGUCCAAUUCUGUGUGGCUUCCAAGACUGACUACGUGCAGAUCAUCCAUUAGCCACCCUCUCCCAAUGCCUUACUUUCUCAAAACAAUGUCCAACAUCGAAGAAGGUACUCAGCACUAUCCUCCACAGCUGAUUAAGGCAGUUGUGGGGGGGGGGGGCUUCACCUCCUCCCAAUGUCCUGUCUUUAAUGUCCUGUUCUCAGGACAUUAAAGACUGUUCUCGCACCAUCAAAAAACUGAACAAGAGCGAGGGAGUGGGAAGGAACAGAGGCAGGGAGGGUAACCAUGUGAAAUCACUACUCGAUUCAUUUUUGUCUUCUGGAUGCAUUUCCCAUAUGCAAACACAGGAUAAAAACACAGUGUUCUGCCUAACCUGGCAAAAUUAUUGCAAAGGAACUUCCACAUUCACUUACCACCCCCGACAUCAUACUCAUUAGCUUGUUCACAAACGUGCACAUGCAGCAGCCAAUUAACUCUUGCUUCCAGAAAGAAAGUGAAUUGGAUUGGAGGGUUCAAAACAAUUGUCCACAGCAGCAGCAUGACACUACCCAGGUUGUAAAUAAAAACCUGUUGGAUUAUGGUGGCAUCCUACUUAUGUGCACUGGUCCCCAGAGGUGAAAGAGUGCUUGCAUGAUCUUCUUUCCCCACUAUACUUUGGUUCUACCCAUUUGUCCAAAGUUCCCUGGAAUAUUUGUAUGAAACAUUCCAUCAAAAGACACGUCAAGUAGCAUCCUGGGAUCCCCCCCCCCCGCCUUUGAAGUGAAUAUAGCACACAAAUAGGUUUCCCCUUUUUAAAUGUCUGUGUUCUUUCCAAUAGUACAACAAGCUCUCUGCCUCUGCUAUGAUCGGGUAACAAAGUUUUGGGGGGUAAAACUACGAAUAAUCUUUCACUGUGCACAAUUUCUGAAAGCCAAAAUGUGUGUUUCCCCCUAUCGUCGUAGUCUGAUGAUCGGGACUCGAAGCGCGAUUCCCUUGAAGAGGGAGAGCUGAGAGAUCACCGCAUGGAGAUAACUAUCCGGAAUUCACCUUACAGGAGGGAAGACUCUAUGGAAGACCGGUAGGAAAGCCGCUAGCAGAGGGAGGGUUAUACUCUCUCUCACACACACACACGGUUUAAUUACAAUUACUCACACUUACCAUAUGAUAGGAAUGUGUAUGGCGGUCUGGAACCCUUCCAGAUAUUCUUGGACUGCAACCCCUAUCAUCCUUGAACACUAGGCUUGAUGGAGGUUGGAGGCUAGCAAUAUCUGGAGGGCCACAGAUUCCUUUUCCCUGCGUUGAAAGAAGGCAGAUUUGUGAUGGUGGUGGCUGGGAGCAAUAAAGGCAAGUGAUGGUCUAGCUUAGGGAUGGGGAGCUUGUGACCCUUCCAGAUGUUGGACUGCAACUCUCACCAUCCCUGACCAUUGGCCAUUCUGGCUGGGACCGAUGGGAGUUAGAGUUCAGCAACAUCCAGAGACUACUGGUCUACAGAGAUGUGGCCGUUACGAUGGGCUGCACCUGAAUUAGUAGGCUGGCAGGUCCUAGUUCCAGCUUCCCUUCGCAGCUGGCUUUGCUUCAUUGGCAGUCUUCCCUGUAAUCGUCUUUGGGACCAUCACCUCUGCCUUCCACGAUUGCUAUACUGUUGCAUUGUGUUAUACUUCGUUUCUCAUUUUUAAGCAGCUGUGUUUUACUAAGCACUGUGCACAGAUUAAAAGUCUUUGCUCUGCAGCUUACAUGAGGAAAACAAGGUGGGGAGGGUUAAAAUAAGCAACCUUGGGCAUGUACUUUUAAAGUGACAUAGUGAUUACCAGCUUGAGUAGAAGCGAUUCAAGGGAGGGAAGAAGCCAAUGAGCAGCUGGUUUCAGUUGCCACUGUCCCAUCUCUCAGGCUGCUGUUGCCAGGUGCAGUGACUCCUGAUAGACGACAGUAAAUGAAUGAACUCUUGUUCUGCAUACACACGAUCCUUUUCCCAUUCUCCCUCCUCCUCAUUGUUGUGGACUUCAGGGGAGAAGAGGACGACUCCCUGGCAAUCAAACCCCCCCAGCAAAUGUCACGGAAAGAGAGGGCACACCACAGAAAAGACGAGAAGAGGAAAGAGAAGCGGCGUCAUCGCAGUCACUCGGCAGAAGGUACUCAGGUCCCUUCUUAGCAUUUCCUCCUCAGUGUCUCCUGACCUCUGGUGUCCUUGGAAGAGGGUUGGUGUCUGGAACCCAUCACACAAUGAUGAGUUCAGUUAAGGCAGCCUUAUAUAUACGCCCACAAAGUUUAGUAGCCAGCAGGCUCCCCUCCAGCCCGCUUAGAACGCAGCUAGCUAACUUACAGUUCGAUAUUCUGAUCUGGCCUUCAAGAAUUAUUUUUGCUGGCCCUUUAAGAACUCAGCAAUUUUUACUGGCAGUGGUAAGGGAAGUUUUUCAGCCAUUGGCUCAAUUGCUCAUCAGGUGACCGCUCCUACUUUUGACCACACCCCAUUAUGUUGCGCUAACCAAUGAGCUGUAAAUGGUGGACCUUCUCAUAUUAGAGGCUAAUAGCCUCUGUUUCCAUCUCCGCCUUUCAGGGAGCAUGGAAAUGCAGAGGAUUCUUAACAGGGUAGUUUAAAAAAGCUGUGGCUUCUACUGAGCCAUUCAUUUUCUCUCUGCAUUUCUAUGCAGGUUGUAGAGGAAGAGACUUUCCUUCCUACGCAACUAGCCUGGGAACCAAGUGGAGGGGCUGAUGCGCUCUAUUCCUCCUUCCCCAGAGCGCUCAUUCAUCUGCAUGGAAUCCCUGGUUGCCUAUGGCAAGCAGUUGAAUAUAUGAGCUGACCCCAUGUAAGGUUGUCUGCUGAGACACCCCCAGCAUACUUCAGGGUGUAAGCUCAGUCCAUGUGGGGCGCUGGGUCUUUCGGGCCUCACCAUUGCUGUAUGUCGACUGAGAAUGCACCUUGGGUCUAUCAGUUGUCUGCUGGCCACCUGGUGCCUUCUGGUUGCUGGCAUCCAUGAGGAGAAUGCUGGACCAUGUACAUCAAUAAGCUUCUUACGUUCUCAGGUGAGAGCUCGGAGCCAGGGUAGCUUUUACCCUGUGUCAGUAGAGUAAUAUUGUUAAUAGUGCCAGCUACAAAGGCACAAGGAAGGGAGAAGUUCCAACGUUCAUGGAAGUCAGCUUUAAUUUUAAAAAGCCGUUUAACCUGAUGGCUAAUCUUAGCCAUGGUGGAUUGUGGUUUUUUUUUGGUUUUGUUUUAGCAGAGUGCCAAGAGAAAUGAUUCUUUCAUAAUCUGUGUUUCUCUCUCCUUCUCUUUUUCAUCUGGUUCCUUUGCUCGUUUUACGACUUCCGAAUGCUGUUUGGGAGGGGGGGUAACGGUUUGGCCUUUUUUUUUUGUAUCUCUAUUAUUAGGGAAGCAUGCUAGGGUGAAAGAGAAGGAGCGCGAGCAUGAACGUAGGAAAAGGCACCGCGAAGAGCAGGAUAAGGCCCGCCGUGAAUGGGAGAGGCAGAAAAGGAGGGAAUUGGCUAGGGAGCAUUCCCGGAGAGAGAGGUAAAUCCCCCCCUGGCCCCGGAGCCCAAAAUCCAGCAUUUCCUCCCCAGAACCAACUUCUUAGGAACAUUAUGCAAUCAGUCUAACAGCUGUACAUCUCCUCCUUUGAUUCUGUGCUUAUGUCACCUGCCACUAAAUAGCUGUCUGGGGGCCGUGAUCACAAGAACUGCAGAGAUGUGGCAAUUUGCUUAACAGUGUAAAUCAAGCACUUAACUGGUUUAACAGUGUAAGCAAAGGUGUGGGCUAUUGGAAUGUGGUAUUAUUUCCAUGAUGCCGCAUAGGCAGCAGUUCCAAAAAAAGCUACAGACUGUGCUGUUGACUUAAGAAUUUAGUUUCCUGGGACUACCUUUUUCUUGUAAUGCAAACAUAGGAUCACUGUGAUGAGUGGUUUUUUAAAAAAGUGGGUGGACAGUGCUUGGUAACAUUGCAGAAACUAGAGAUGCAGUGGAAUAAUGGUUUGAUGCAGCUCCCAGUUGUUGAUUUGGAGUCAUGGAGAGCGCCACAGAAAAGCUGAACUAGACCACGGAAGCAAACUUAUUGGUUUGGCUGAGAGCAAAAUGCACACUUCUACUUUUUGAGAAUGCAUUGGCUCUGCUGUAUUACUGUAAUGAAUCAAAAAGAAGAUGCAGGACCACAGGUUAGCUACUCCUGACUUAACAGGACACGGACAAAGCCUAACAGCUCCCUGGGCUCACACCCUCUCUCCUCCUCUGUGGCUGGGAGGAUGAGUUUGAAAGCUUUCACACCCACUUGUAGUUCAGCACAGUUGGUCUUGUCAUUUGAGCAUGGAACUGUGGUUGACAUUGACUGUGGUUGGUUUAAAAACAAGCCACCAUCAAACCAUGGUUUCUGAAGCUGGCUUGUUGAAAGGAGCCAUACUUAACGCAAACCACAGUUCCUGGUGUGGGUGGCAUGGCAAGUUGCACUAAACCAAAAGCACAAGCUGACACGAGUCCUCCCAGCUGCAUAGUGGGAGGAGAGCAGGGAGCUCGUAACCUCUUAGCUGCUGUGAGAGGGAGGGGAAAGGGUUGGGGGGCAUGUUGGGGGUAACAGCUAGGCUCCAAAUCAUAGCUCUUUGUGAUAUUUGAACAUAGCUUUUAAUUGAUUGAGAGACCUAAUAAGCUGAGGUUACGCAAGUUCGGCCUUCUAUGUCAGGCAUCAGAAGCCAUGGUUUGGGCAUCUAACUUGAGUGUGCCUGUUGAGCGAUGGGUGGAGCUGGGGUUAGGAGUUGCUCCUUGUGCAGAAAUCUAGCUAAAGAAAGACAUUCUGCACCUACCACCCAUGGAGGAGUCCUGUAGCCCUAUGGACGCAAUUGAUAUGUGAGCUUGGUGAGGAAUGUACAGUAGUGAUUUGGACCAACAUUCAGAAAACCACCUUUGAUAUGAGGGAUAUUACAACUUAAGAAAUGGACCGUGCAUUUCACACAGCUUAAUCCUGCAUAUCUGAUUCACCUCAGUGGGCAUCAGAUAAGUACAUAGGAACACAAAAGCUGUCUUAGCACCUGUUCAGACUGUUUGUCUGUCUUGCCUAAUAUUGCCCGCUUGGAUGGUGGGGAACCUUUGUCCCUCCAGCUACUGCUGGACUCCAACUCCCAUCAGCCUCUGCAAGCAUGGCCAAUGGACAGGGAAGGUGUGAGUUGGAGUCCAGCAGCAUCUAGACAGAGCGCCUCCCCAUUCCUGGUCUGCUACGACUGGCAGAUGUUCUCCAUGAUCUUGGACAAAGAGAGGUCCUUCCCAUCCGCUGCUACCUGCUGUUUAACUGGGAAUAGCUGGAAUUGAACUGGGGACCUUCUGCAUCUAAAGCAAGUCCUCUGCCACCAAGGUCUGUGAUCCCUCCCCUACAAAAUUCUCCAACAUGGAGGCCUCGUCUCCUACCAGCCCAUAAAGCAAUGUUACAAUGCCUUCCCCUUAAGAGAGAACAUUUGGGCACUAGAUCAAGCGCAUGGUUAAGAAAUUGUGGGCUGUAUCCAAGGUCCGCCCUGCUGCAAGCAGAUCCAUUGAAAUCAGUCCAUGUGGCUGACUUGGGCCACUUAAUUUCAGUGCAUCUGAGUAGGGCUAAUAUUGGAUUCAGCUAUGUGUUACAGGGAUGGAGAACAUCUGACCUCUCUUAUCUUCCCCUCGGGACUCUUCCCCAGGCCACCGCCUCUCCUUAAGUGUUUGGUUUUUUUGCCUGGCCGGAAUGUGCCCUUGAAUUCUGAUAAUGCCUCUGGCUUUCCUGGAACGCAAGGAUAAAGAGUGUAAUGUAGAAACUCACUUGCUGAAGGAAGGUGAAAUUCACACCUAUUGCUCUGCCCGCUUUUGCCUCUGGCUCCACCCGCCACAGGCAUGUGGCCCCCAGAAUGUUGCCGAGAAUGGAAAUCGGCCCUCAGACUGAGAAAGGUUUCCCACUGCAGUUGUACUACAUCCAUGGUACUGUUGCCAGAACCAUGAGCCAGAGGCGAUGUUGGUAGUCACUGUCCUCCCAAGAGGGGUCUCUCUUGCGAAUUUGAGGAGGGUCCAAAGCAGGGUAGGUGGGUGGGCAGUCAAUAAAUAUCUUAACAUCCUGAUUUGUGUUGGUGCUGACUUGGCUAAGCAAAACCUCUCUUGAUAAGGGAGAUUCGGCCUUUGUGCAGAUGCCAGAAGCUACGCUCUUAAAAUAAACAUUGCUAACCUUUCUAGAGGGAAUAGAAGACCAUAUAAUUCAAAAUUGUUAAUUAAAACAAACAAAAACCAAUUCGAUAAAAUAACACGGGCGCCUGAUGAAACCCUUCGUAGGGACCGCCUGGAGCAGCUUGAGCGGAAGAGGGAGCGAGAGAGGAAAAUGAGAGAGCAGCAGAAAGAGCAGCGGGAGAUCAAGGAACGGGAGAGGCGAGCGGAGGAGAGGCGUAAAGAACGGGAGGCCAGACGAGAGAGUAAGUAGCUCAGAGGUGGGGGCGGAACGGGGCGAGGGAAGCCUUAUUUCCUUGCGGGUACGGAUCGUGUGUUUAUUUCGUCUAUGACGUUUAUACCGUGAAAACCUUUGACACAGAUGUGCUCCUGGAUCUCAGGCAAAGGAGGCUGUCUUACGCCGCAUCAGAUUCUUGGGACAUCAAGCUCAUUACUGCCUCUUAAUUGACUUUCCAUUGGCAUCAGCUUUCCGGGGUUCCAGGAAACUCCACCUGGACACGAGGGGGGAUCAAACCCAGGACCUUCUAAUGCAAAACGGAUGCUCCGCCGCUGAACAGCAGCCCUUCUCCUAAGACCUAGGAACAUAGGAAGCUGUGUUCUCUUGAGUCAGUCCAGUUUGCUCAGUAUUAUCUACACCACUGUUUCCCAAACUUUGGUCUCCAGUUGUUUUUGGACCUCAACUCCCAUCCUCCCUAUCCAGCAGGACCAGUGGUCAGGAAUGAUGGAAACUGUAGUCCCAAAACAGCUGGAGACCAGCACACUGGUCUACCCUGACUGGCAGUAGCUCUCCAGGGUUUCAGGCAUGAAUGUCUCCCAGCCUUACCUGGAGAUGCUGGGGUGUUGAAACUGCUCUACCACCGAGCUACAAUGUUUCCCCUAAAAAUAAAAGUAGGGUUCCAGUCCUCAUGUUUCUGAAUAAAGAGCCAAUUUAAAUAGGAGCAUAGUAAGCUUCCUUGUACUGAGUGCACCUAACUCAGUGUUUUCUGCACUGACUUGCAGGGGUCUCCAGGGUUUCAGACGCAAGUCGUUUUUUCCAGCCUUGCCUGGAGAAACCAGGGGUUGGGCCUGGGACCUUCUGUAAGCACAGCGUGUGCUCUAGCACAACAUUGUGUUUUUGUCUCAGGGCACAGAAGAGCCAGAAGGGCAUGAUGGGCUUUGAUUCUGGCUGCCGAAUUGCCGCUUUCCAGGAAUCUCCACUUUCUCGUUUUAAAAGAGAAAAAGAGUUUAUAGCCUUUGCUGCUGCCAAGAUAGGCUUGGAAGUGUGUGGGCAGAACAUGGGAGCUCAAGGCAUUGCCAAAAACAGCUUCACUGUGGUUGGAUGCAGAAGCGCUUUGCUCUGUAGACGCUCCUGUGGUUAUUGGAAGCAGGAGAGCAAAAUAACCCCCAAGCAUGGCUGCUCCUUUGCUGGUUAUGCAGUGGCCUUACGAUAAGCAGAAGGGUUGUGGUGGUGGUGGCGGUUCCUCUUCCUGGUGCUCAGACUACAGGGCAUGCUUAACCUUUUUUUGUUAGCCCCCCAGGUACUCUUUUUAAUUUUGUAGAAAGCUUGGGGACGGGGAGUGAUUAGCUAAAAUUGGGGGAGGGGGUUGGAAUAGAGUGUUUGGAUUGCAUUAAGUCCUCCCUUCUCUACUCUCCACAAUAAUUUGUAUUUUUUUAAAUCCUCCACAUUUAAAUUUCCAAAUGUAUAUUCAAAAUAUGUAAAACUCUCCCACCCCACCCCAGUGUCAUUUCCUGCUCCUCAUAGUCUCUUAAAGUUAGCUGGUGUAUUGUUGCUGUGUCUCAGUGCUAGCUCCUGCUGUGAUUUUGGGUGUGACACAUGGGGAAACUGAGGUAUUGGGGUCUAAAUGGACCCUAGAAUGGUGUGAACUCAUAUUUAGCAACCUAAUAAGAACUCUAGGUUAAUCUUUUUUAUUAUUAUUAAAAAGCACCACACAUCUGUAUAUCUGCUAUAUAUUUUUUGGAGGUGGUUCUUUCGCUAUGCAUUUGCAUCACUUUUAAGGUAUCAUAGCCAAAUUUUUGCAUGAUGGUUCCUGAGAUCAAGGAGCAGGUUAUUGUCUGUGUUUGGCUACACAAAAUGGAUGCCAUUUUGAAUCAAGAUUGGGCACUGAACCUUUCAGAACCACUACUUUUAACCACUGAUUUGAAAACUACUAUGGGUUUUUUUGUUGUUCCUUAGAAUCCUGGGAAACUCUGAGUAUGGGGCUGGUAGUGUGUGUGUGUGUGUGUGCUUAUCUGUCUGUGUAUAUAUUUUAUUGCAAAUAUAUCUGAAAGAAAAAGAAAACAAAUGUCAGAUCACAUUAACAAUCAUGCAUCAAUCCUACUUAAAAAACCACAUAUAUAAAUGCAAUGAGUCUGGAUGUUGAAACAGAUAUCCAAACAGGAUUGAUGAUUGUAUACAUUAAAAUGGAGAUAGGUAAGUAAGAUCUCCAGACGGUUGAGUAAUGGAUGGUGAAUGUUUAUCCUUCCAACUGUGACAUACAAGUCUUUGUCCCACCGCCACCCUCUUAAUCUUCUGGAAAUACUGAGUUUGAGGGAAACGGGCAAAGGGUAAGAGACCUGUGAUUUGUGAGACCUCAUAGGUCCCCAGGAAGUCACUAUCCUCUCUUGUUUCCAAAGUACAGGUUGUCAGUGCCACUGAUUAUGUAGCAAAAAUGGUGCUGUCUGUGCAGGAGAGGGAGGCGUCUGCAGGCUAGGGAGAACCCCAAGGCUUGCAAGUGGAUAUAUCUUCUUACAUGUAUAAAAACAUAAGUCUGUCAUCACACUGUCAUCAUAGCCCCCAGUAGGCUAUGUCAAUAGCAUGACAACAGAAUGCCAGGCAGGUGAAUGAGCAAGCAGCAUGAGCCGCAGGUGGCCUAGGAGAGCUGUUUCAUUGGGGGGGGGCUGCAGUUUGGACAAUAAGAACUGAGCAUGCUUGGUGGGCAUGGAAUGCUGACUGACUGGGGGUGGAAAACAGUAUGUGAAAUUCUGAACAGCACCAUUCUGAGUGGCUGAAAUUCUGAACAGCACCAUUCCACAUUUGCAACAUGAUAUGGCGAGUUCCACAUAGGAAGCUGGCUUAUACUGACUCAGAUCAUUAGUCCAUCUAGCUCAGUAUUGUCUGCACUGACUGGCAGUGGCUCUCCAGAAUUUCAGAGAGGGCCUCUGUCCCACCCCUAACCUGGAGAUGGUGGGGUUUGAACAUGGCACCUUCUGCACUCAAAACAGGUGAAGUCCUGACCUUUGGUUGCACCGUCUGAUCUUGACAUCUGGCUUGUUUCACCCAGAUUUGUUAGCAAGGAGGUUAUCUAGGUAGCUGUCUUACACUGAGUUAGAACUUUGGUUCAUCUACCUCAGUAUUGUCUGCCCUAACUGGCAGCAGCUCCAGGAUUUCUGUCCAUUCUACCUGGAGAUGCCAAGGAUUGAACCUGGGACCUUCUGCGUGCAAAGCAAAUAUUCUGCCACUUAGCCACAGUUCAUCCUUGUGUAGACUCUGGAUACCUUCCAUGUCUAGCUAUUUCCUGGUGUCCCCCUCCCCACAUCAAGUCGUAUAUAGAUUUCUGAAAUAGUUGUUCCCUGCUAUCAUAAAUAAUUGAUUCUUGGUACCUAUUUUUUAUGUUUAAUUGGAGUCGUUGUAAGAGUCUUCUGAUUGAUUUUAAAGCUGUGUCUUAGUCUGUCUGACCCUAAUAGCCCAUCACUGAGGUGUGUUUUCAAACUUAAGGAUGGUUGAACCUUAAUUAAACGUUUCUCCUUAUUCGAAUGUGCCAGUGUAGUACCGGUAGGCAGGGAAGGAAUUCUCAUUUCGCUAGAGCUGCAAAGUUUGCGUGAAGCAAAUUGCCAUGGCGUAAGAACGGAGAUUUAAGUCCAGGACUCACAAACAGAUUUUUUUUUUCCUUGUGUUGACCAGUUUCAGCACACCACAGGACGGUGAGAGAAGACUACAACGAGAAAGUAAGGAUCUGGAGCCGCAGCCCGCUACGACAACAGAGAGAAAAGCUUGAACAAGGAGAAAUCCGAAAGCCAGGUAACUUUUAAAGGCAUAAAUGUGUCUUCCUUGCGCCAGGGAGGAAUCCACCGAGCUAGCCGAAAGUAUACGGCAUUUUAAAAUUAUUUCUACUUAGUUAUUAUCCACCCUUCAACCUAAAGUCCCAGGGUGGGUUACAAGAAUUAAAGCACAACAUUAAAAUGUUUUUGUUUUCAAAAAACAAAUUUACAAUCAUAAAAAUAAGGUGGAUCCUAAGAACAUGCACCUCAGGUGUCCAAAGCCAGGGUAAAGAGGUGAGUGCUGAGCAUCCUCUGGAAGCUGCAUAUUGAAGGGGCCAAACACACCUCUGUGGGGAGGGAGUUCUACAAUUUGGGGACCGUAGGAAAGUUUCCACUCCAUGUAUAUCAUUUGAGCUCAGUGAUUCAGUUUACUUGGCUUUUAUUUAGUAAACAAAACACAAGGAUGCCAUGUUAAAAUUAUUUCCAAGUGUUUUCGUGUGGCUUAAAGUUAACAAACUGAAAUACUGCAUUAAAAAUAGAUAGAUAGAUAGAUAGAUAGAGUGGUACCUCGGGUUAAGUACUUAAUUCGUUCCAGAGGUCCGUUCUUAACCUGAAACUGUUCUUAACCUGAAGCACCACUUUAGCUAAUAGGGCCUCCUGCUGCCGCCGCGCCACCGGAGCAUGAUUUCUGUUCUCAUCCUGAAGCAAAGUUCUUAACCCGAGGUAAUAUUUCUGGGUUAGCAGAGUCUGUAACCUGAAGCAUAUGUAACCUGAAGUGUAUGUAACCCGAGGUACCACUGUAGAUAGAUAGAUGGAUAGAUAGAUAGAUCAUCCUUCCAGGGCAACUCAGUGCAUGUUGACUUGGUUGGCCCACUUGGUGGCAGACAUUUUCCUUGCAUUCUUCAGACCAGGGAGAGGGAGGGGAGAUGUUGGCCCUUUGUUGCUGGGGCUGAUGGGAAUUGGAGUCCAACGGCUUUCGGAUGGUCAUGGGGUUCCUCACCCCUGCUUUAGAUUUUUAAGGCAGGAAAAAAAACUGCAAGAUUGUACAAGUAGAAUCCCUUAGUACUUUUGAGAAUUGGGAUUUCUCAACCCUGUUCCCAAUUUUUUGAAUUAAAAAUAAAAAACAGUGAAAGAAGAAAAGCCAGAAGAGAGAGACCCCCUUUCGGAUCUACAGGACAUCAGUGACAGCGAAAGAAAAACCAGCUCAGCAGAAACAUCCUCAGGUAACCGUUGGGGUGUAAAUUUAGGGGUUCUUUAAUGAGCCAAUAGUAGUUAGCUUGAGAGUUGAGGUCAGUUUGAGGUUGGGUUUUUUUGCAUUUUUUCAUCUUUGUGUUUGCUUUCUUCAGGGGAAUCUGGAUCCGGUUCAGAGGAGGAAGAGGAGGAGGAGGAGGAAGAAGAGGAGGAGGAGUCUAGCAGCGAAGAGUCAGAAGAAGAGGAAGAGGAGGAGGAAGAGGAGGAGGAGGAGACAGGAAGCAACUCUGAAGAAGUGACAGAGCAGUCAGCUGGUAAGUGUCGGUCUCUCACGCACGCACACACAAACACACAGCAGCAUUUGUGUUUCUACUGUGGUCUCUUUGGAAGAGUGAAGUGCGCGCAUGCGCAUGCACACACUUUCUGCCUCUCAGGGUUGGGGCAGCUGAGCAGAGGGGGUGGCUCUUGGAAAAAUGCCCGGGAAUGGCUGCCAACUUCCCAAGUUUUCGGGCUGUCUCUCUGGUAGUUCUCCCUGGCUGUAAAUCUCCCUCAGUCCAGAGAGACCAGUAAUAGGCGACCCUCCUCUCCUGAAAAGAGCACGCCAGUCUUCUGGCAUAUCAUAGCAGAAGAAAGACUCAAUCGUAGUUCUAAAACUACUUUAUUUACAGUCUGUAUGCAGAGACUCCGUCAGUACGUCUGUGCUCUCUGAACAUCAGUACAGAAACUGCGACACACUCAGAAGUGAAACUAACUUCCAAAAUUACUCAGGAAGAGAUAAUACAGACUUCCUUUCUCACGCUCUCUCAGACACUCCCAUGAUGUAUACAAUCAUAUUACCACUCACUGGUACAGCUGGAGCAGCUCGGAUUGUUAAAAAUCCUAACAGUGGCACCCACAGCACUGACUCAAAGACCCAGUUGUGCCCAUGGGUCUAAAAACAUUGCCCACUCAUGAAACCAGUCUUUUGCAGCCCUACCUAGAGAUGCCAUUGUUUGAAUCUGGGACCUUUUCCAUGCUGUACUGCUGCUGUAUCACUCAGCCAUGGUCCCAUUUUAGUAGUGCGAUUUCUUUUUAACCAUUGCAACCAGAAGAAGGCCAUAGUUCAGCAACAGAGCAUCUGCUCUGCAUGCGUAAGUCCCCAGGUUCAAUCCCUGGCAUCCCCAGGGCAGGGCUGGGAAUGUUCCCUGUGUGAAACCAUAAAGAGCCGCAGCAGAAACGUCCUUAAUUGAACUUGGCGUCAGCCUCUGCUCUAGAGGUUGCAGGAUCUGGAGCUGAGCUUCAAAGGAAACUUAUGGAAGACUAUGGUCCUUGAGAUAGGUAAAGUUAAAGGGACCCCUGACCAUUAGGUCCAGUCGUGGCCGACUCUGGGGUUGCAGUGCUCAUCUCGCUUUAUUGGCCGAGGGAGCCGGCGUACAGCUUCUGGGUCAUGUGGCCAGCAUGACUAAGUCGCUUCUGGCGAACCAGAGCAGCGCUCGGAAACACCGUAUACCUUCCCGCCGGAGUGGUACCUAUUUAUCUACUUGCACUUUUUGGGGUGCUUUCGAACUGCUAGGUUGGCAGGAGCAGGGACCGAGCAACGGGAGCUCACCCCAUUGCGGGGAUUCAAACUGCUGACCUUCUGAUCGGCAAGUCCUAGGCUCUGUGGUUUAACCCGCAGCGCCAUCCACAUCCCCUCUGGUCCUUGAGACAAGUCAGGUCUAAAGUUGUUAAGGGUUUUAUAGGCUGAUGCUGCCACCAGCUCUUAAAAGUGCCUAAAAGUUACAGAGCACCGUACAGCGAUUAAAGGACCAGCAAGAUGGCGCCCAUCCCCUGCCCGCAGAGGUACGAAAGCAAUCAAGUUCAAUUGUCUUCCUAGCCUGUCUCAUUCUUUCCCCCUUUUUUGCCUUGCAGAAGAGGUGAGCGAAGACGAAAUGAGCGAAGAAGAAGAGCGGGAGAACGGAGACCACCUCCCAGUGGGUAAGAAGACAAAUGGUGAAAUGUGGCUUUAUAUAAUAUCUCUCUCUCCUUGUGCUUGUUGCAUGACCUUGGUGAUCCUCUGAUGGUUUGGAGUCGCCUCCUAAAAAUACGGUUUGCGUACUAAGGGUUCCCCCCGCCCACCCCAGGCUGGUUCAUGUGUUUGCAGUCUAAAGCAAGUAUAGGGGACCUCAAAUGUGGCCCCCAGUCCUCUCUGUCCCUUGAGACUCCUGCCAGGUCGCACCCUUCCCCAUGCAACACCUUUUAAAAAUUAACUUUGCUGCAUUAAAUGUGAAUUCUGCAGCUGGCCUCCUUUCUGGUGUUUCAUUUUGUAAUCUUUAAGGUAAUAUUUUAGUUUCCUGUUAAAUUAACUUGCUUUUGAAUGUGUACUGUGAGGUGUCUUACUUGCGUGGGUAUAGAAAUCUCUGGCUUUUGCAUGACUUGAAUGUAUCUGUGAUUCUUGCAUUUCAGGGGUUUUGGACUAGGUGAGCCUUGGGCUCCAUUCCAGCCCUACAGUUCUAUGAUUCCAAUGUAGCUUACUGUGCAAAGGCAAGAGUCACAACUGUUGCUCUGCCCAUUUUUUAUUUAACUCGGGCUUCAGGCUGAAAAAAUACCGUAUUUUUCGCCCUAUAGGACGCACUUUUUCCCCUCCAAAAAUGAAGGGAAAAUGUGUGUGCGUUCUAUGGGGCGAAUACAGGCGUUCGCUGAAGCCUGGAGAGUGAGAGGGGUCGGUGCGCACCGACCCCUCUCGCUCUCCAGGCUUCAGGAAGCUCUGCACAACCCUCGGGAAGCCACGCCGGGCUCCCAAAGGUUGCGCAGAGCUGCCUGCAUUCCGAAGCCUCGGGCGCGUUGAAGAGCGCGCCCGGGCUUCGCGCAGCUCUCUGCAAGCCUGGGGAGAGUGGCGCGGUUCCCUAAGCUUGCGGAUAGCAGGCUGUUCUGGGGGCUGGGGUCGGGGGAAACUCGGGCUUCCCCCUCGCAAGCCCCAUGCCUGGGGGGGGAAUAUUUCCCCCCCCCCUUUAUUUCUCCCCCCAAAAAACUAGGUGCGUCCUAUGGGGCGAAAAAUACGGUAGUUCUGCACUCCUGAACUGGAACUUCCUCCUCCCUGACAGAUACAAAUAUUUGGCAGCCGCUGAACAUAGAUCCUGGCCUGACUUGGCUGCAGGUUCUUGAAGGGCAAAAAGGGGAGAAGCUUUACACAGUAUAUAAUUUGACUUGUGUACCUUGCUGCCACAAGACAUGGUUAACAGGUGGAUUCAGGAAGGAUAGGUCUAUUGAAUAGCCAUGGGAACCGUGUCUAGUCUUAGUUCUACUUGCAAUGAGUAACUUAGGUUCAUUGAUUUCAGUGGGUCUGUAACUCAGAUACAAUCCAUCAUAUUGAAAUGAAGCCUCCACACCAGUGGUUCUCAAGCUGUGGGUCCCCAGAUGUUGUUGGACUACAACUCCCAUCACCCCUGACCACUGGCCAUGCUGGCUAGGAAUGAUAGAAGUUGUAGUCCAACAACAUCUCGGGACCCACAGCUUGAGAAACACUGCUCCACACUCAGAGGCAGUUUGUCUCCGAGCGCCGGAGGCAAGAGCAGGACGUUUCCUUCGCACUCUCCUUUUGAACUUCAGGGGGGAGAGGAUCCCCCAACAUCCGCUUCCUGCCACGAUUUGAUUCUUACGUUUGAAGUUGCAGAGUCAAGGUUUGACCGGGAUUCCGUGGGGAGCGAAGGAGAGGAAGAAGACGCUGGCGAGGGGACCCCGCAAUCCAACACGAUGACUGAGGGCGACUACCUACCUGACUCACCUGUGUCAUCACCUGUGGAGUUGAAGCAAGAGUUGCCCAAGUAUCUACCCGCCCUUCAGGUUAGGGGGCUGCCAUAGAUCUCUGGCCUUCCUGGGGAGGGGCCAGGCCAAGCCAUUGGUGUCUUUUGCUGACCUCCGAAUGAACAGAGACUCCAUGUACCCACCUGUCACAAUGGCCCACUGGGAUUGGGCAAUCUAAGUGUCUGGCCUGCUUACUGGAAUCGAAAAAGGCAGCCAUUCCGCUCCUUCCCAGGCCCUCCUACCACUGUGCUACCCAGGUCUAAGCCAUGGUUCUUCUUAAGAUUACUUCCAAACCUGGGCUCAUGAUUUGUCUUGCUCCAGACAAGCCACAGGCAAAGUUUGUUCUUGGUUUGCUGCGUGUGGUUUGUCUGGGAAAGAAGCAGUAUACAGUGGUACCUCUGGUUACGUACUUAAUUUGUUCCGGAGGUCCGUUCUUAACCUGAAACUGUUCUUAACCUGAAGCACCACUUUAGCUAAUGGCGCCUCCCGCUGCCACUGCGCUGCUGGAGCACAAUUUCUGUUCUUAUCCUGAAGCAAAGUUCUUAACCCGAGGUACUAUUUCUGGGUUAGCGGAGUCUGUAACCUGAAGUGUAUGUAACCUGAAGCGUAUGUAACCUGAAGCGUAUGUAACCCGAGGUACCACUGUAAGCCUGGUUCAGAUGUGACCCUAAGCAAAACCAUAGCUUCGCUCUGCGUAGUGCAGCAGCAGCAGCAGGACCAGAGGGCAGGAGAACAGCACUCACAUUUUUUGCUAAGUGUAUCUGCAUACUUUCUCAUUCACACUAAACCAUGGUUUGGCUUGGCAUUGGAUGCAAACUGGGUCUGUGAGAGCCUCAAAACAAUACUCCACACCACAAAUAUAUAGAGACCCAAACAUAUCCAUAUAGUUUCUAUAUUAUAAUAAUACAAAUUAACAUGACAAAAUCCCACAUGACCAAAAAAACAACAACCCACUCACCCCAUCCUGCGUCUGGAUCUCAUGUAACUAGCUUGUUUCAAUUAUGAGUCUUUCUCAAGCUCCUGCAUACUCCUGCUAUCAAAUAUUAUUUCUAGUGUCUUAUUUCCUUGGAGUUGGGGUUUUUUUUAAAAUCAGAUUUCAGCUCAAACCAGAGAUGAGCACAGCUCCACUCAGGAUAGUUGUUUGAUAGAUGGCCCUGGCUCUUACACUGUGCUUUGAAUAGAGCUUGAAUUGGCUCUCUCCACACCCCACACCCCAUUUCUUUCUUUUUUAAAGUUUCUAGUCCCUACGAAUGUGAAAAAUAGGAUUGGAAUCACAGGACCUAAGAGGGGUUGUCUUGUGGCCCUGCGUAAUUCCUUGCCCCUCCACCUGACUUCUAGAAGCAGAGUAAUUUGAAAAUUAAGAGAAAUUGUGUACAUAUGCAACUUUUAUUGUCUCUCUAGGGCUGUCGUAGCGUUGAGGAAUUUCAGUGUCUAAACCGGAUCGAGGAGGGAACGUACGGAGUGGUGUACCGAGCAAAAGACAAAAAAACAGGUUUGUUGUUUCUUCAGCAAUGGCACCGCUUAGAGACUACAAUAACGAAGCGGUGCAUAAAUGGUUGAAAUAAGUAGGUAAGUUAAUAAUAAUACAAAUUAUAAUGAUAAAUACUUUCCAGAUGAGAUUGUGGCGCUGAAGCGGCUGAAGAUGGAGAAGGAGAAAGAAGGUUUCCCCAUUACUUCUCUAAGGGAGAUCAACACCAUCUUGAAAGCCCAGCACCCAAAUAUCGUCACUGUCAGGGUAAGGCCACCAGCACUUGAUCGCCUGUUGACGUGUUAGCUGGGCGCCUUGUAAUUGUCCAGGGUUAUAUUUUGCGGCUUCCCCCUUGUUCCAACAAACCUGCACCAUCCUUGCGUGGAAGCCUAUAUAUGUAGCUCCGUAUCACUUAAGCCUCUUUCCCCUCCACCCACAAGGCAAGGGGACAUUGCCUUUUAUGAAAACGUAAGAAGAGGGUGAUGGAUCAGGCCACUGGCACCUCUAGUACAGCUUCCAAGCAGAGGCUGGAUAGAUGGUCCAUUGGCGUGAGCCAGCAAGGUGCUUUUUAUGUUCUUAGUUUAGCACUACAUAGCUGGGAUACAUGGCUGAUUUGUUUUUGAGACCUGAAAGAAAAGCAGGGUCUGAGCACGUGAGCACUUUCCCGCUUCCUGUGGCUUCCAGCAACCUGGUAUUCAGAAAUAUUACUGCCUCCAGCCAUGGAAGCAGAGCAGAAGCCAAUAUGGCUAGUAGCCAUUUUUAGCCAUUUCCUCUGGGAAUGUAUCUAAUAAUAUUUUAAAGCCAUCCGAGUUGGUGGCCCUGCCUCCUGCGGCAGCGAAUACCAUUGUAUUUACUAGGCGCUGUGUGAAGAAGUACUUUCUUUUAUCUGUGCUGAAUCUUCCAACAUUCAGCUUCACUGGAUAAGUUCUAGAAAGGAAGAAAAACAUUUCUAUCUAGCCUUUCUCUAUCUAACCUUGUGUUUAAGCACUUGGCUGCAGAGGCAUCGCUAGGGCAUUUAAAGCAUGGUCCCGAUUCCUCUCCUAAGUGUUUCUGGGUAGGUAAUGAAUUCAGGAGAUAAGUAAAUUGUAUCCCAGGCUACUGGAUAGGGGAGGGAUUUGGAGAAAUACUAUUUCAAAGUGACCCUAUCUAGAGGUCAUUCAAAGGGUAUUGAAUGGGAGAAACUGAACUGGGUUUAUUUGGAGCAGGAUACAUUGGGAAAUUUGGGAGUAAUUUGGAGUGAUCUGGGGUGAGGAGCAAAUUUAUUCAGGGUGGUUUGGAUGGGAAACUAGUUGGCUGGCCUUCAGUGACAUUUUGAUUAAAAAGAGUCCACACCUGUUAACAUAUUACAUGUUAGCAUAUGUUAAUUUGUAUCUGUGUGCUGAUACCCCAGAUCUUCCCAAGUAUCUGGUUAUGUCUCGGCUUGGCUGGUAGUCAUAGUCUGCAAGGAAUCCCAUGCACUUGAGUGAGAUGUAAGUAAGUGCAAAGAAUGAAGGAAGGAAAUUAUGAAUUAAACCCUGCAGUCAUCCAGUGGUAUCUGUGGCCUUUAGGUUCACUGGUGCGUCUCAUUUCGGUUUCCAGGAAAUUGUCGUCGGCAGCAACAUGGACAAGAUAUAUAUUGUAAUGAAUUACGUGGAGCACGAUCUCAAGAGCCUCAUGGAAACGAUGAAACAGCCAUUCUUGCCAGGUUUGUGGCGUUUCUCGAAUUCUAAACAGACUUGAAAUAAACUUAAGCUUACCAGGGUGACAAAGGCACGGGUGGGUCUUGACUUCUUUCACCACCUCUUUAGGAACUCUGCUGUUGUUUAUUUCAGGGGAAGUGAAAACCUUGAUGAUUCAACUGUUGCGAGGGGUCAAGCAUCUUCACGAUAACUGGAUUCUUCAUCGAGACUUGAAAACCUCCAACCUGCUAUUGAGCCACGCUGGCAUCUUAAAAGUAAGAGCCAACUUUCUGAAGCUGUUGCAAGCAAUCAGAUGUGUUCAUGGCAGGCUCUCUGCAGAGUACAUUUUGACCCAUCCAGGGUUGUUAUUUUUCCAAAGGCAACGUAAAAUCAUAUGGUAUUUAUUGCAUUUAUUUAUUAAGCUGUAUGCCCUUCAUUUCUAUAAAACAUUCACGGGAUUGUCCAAAGCUGCGAGAGAACCCAACCACCACGAGUGGGGUCUGGCUUCAUUUGGUGACACUGCAGAAUUUUAGAGUUGAUAGGGUAUUUAGAGGUUUAUCCAGCACACUACCUGCUCCUAAUAGGUAUCUUGCCGCUACAGCAUCCCUGGCAAUAGGUUGUCCAGCCUCUACUUGAACAACCCUCACCUUCAAAGAGCUGGCAAAAUAGGGGCCUCUGAUAUUUCAGCAGAAAGAGCACAGUGGUAUCUCGGGUUACAUACGCUUCAAGUUACAUACGCUUCAGGUUACAGACUCCACUAGCCCAGAAAUAGUACCUCAGGUUAAGAACUUUGCUUCAGGAUGAGAACAGAAAUCGUGCUCUGGUGGCGUGGCAGCAGUGGGAGGUCCCAUUAGCUAAAGUGGUACUUCAGGUUAAGAACAGUUUCAGGUUAAGAACGGACCUCCGGAACGAAUUAAGUACUUAACCUGAGGUACCACUGUAUUUCACAAUACUGGUUCCACCAAUGUAAAAGCCCACCUCUCUAUUACCGGACAGAGUGAGUGGACUUGCCGGGAUGCAAUCUUUAUGAGAUCCUCUUCUCAGACAGUUUGAGGGCUUUAAAGGCUUAGAAACAAGCGCCUUGCUCAAACAGAAGCCCGGACAGUGAUACAAAAAGCUCGUGGCUUUCUAGGGGAAUCAAGCUGACUGCUGCCGAAAACCAUAUAUAGAAUUUAGCUUGUGGUUCCAUUUGUCCAGGCAGUUCUUACGCUAUUCCAUUUCUUUCUCACCAGGUUGGAGACUUUGGGCUGGCCCGAGAGUACGGAUCGCCUCUGAAGCCGUAUACCCCCGUCGUUGUGACAUUGUGGUACAGGGCGCCUGAGCUGCUACUUGGAGCCAAGGUUUGUGACUGAUAGCCUUUCCUGCCUGGGAGUUUCCAAAGUCAGCUAUUUUUCAUCAUUCCCAUUUUAACAUUUAUCGUGGCCGAAUGUACCGUGCAGCUGACGAGUGGCACUCACUUGGCUGGUUUUCCUUAUUAAGUUGAGUGACCUCAAAGUUUUAUAAACCUCUAUAAUAUUCACCAUUGGCCAUCUUUUCCCUGUAUUUUAAAGCAAAGCACAAAUCUGGGACGUUUGCAUCUCCCUUCCCUCAAGAUGAUGAACCCACCCAUAUAUUGGGGUGCGGUGGGGGGGGGAAUAAGUGGAGAAAAUGGACGCUGCUAGACUCAAGCGCCAAAUGAUAACCUGCCAUCGUGACUUACCGUAUUUUUUGCUCUAUAAGACACACAUUUUCCCCUCCAAAAAUUAAGGUGAAAUGUGUGUGUGUCUUAUGGAGCGAAUGCAGGCUACUUGGCUUCAGCGAUAGCAACGCAAAGCCUCUGAAGCACAGUGGGAGUGCUCCCGCCGCUCUCUGGAGGCUUCACGUUGCUUUUGCUGAAGCCUGGAGAGUGAGAGGGGUCAGGAGCUCCCGCUGCGCUCCGGAGGCUUCGGGUUGCCUUCACUGAAGAGUAAGUGCCCCUUCAGCUAAGCGGGAGGAGAAAUGGAACAGAGAGGGGGAGAAUUAUUUUUUCUUGUUCUCCCCCUCUAAAACAAGGUGCGUCCUAUGGUCGGGUGUGUCCUAUAGAAUGAAAAAUACGGUACCUUCUCAACCUCACCCACUCAGCAGCACAGUUUCGGAAUUGUUGCUGUGGACUCUUCGCUCCCCAUGCUGCAAAACGAAAACAAAAAACCCUUCCUUGUUCCAGAAAUCUUCACAUACCUGCAUGCCACACCAUACUGACCUGCCUUGACCAAGGCAACCAUGCUUGGUGGCCCACAAAAUUAAGCAACUAACUUAAUUUCUUAUUGUCCUGCCUUCCAGGAAUAUUCCACAGCCGUCGACAUGUGGUCCGUGGGUUGCAUAUUCGGAGAGCUGUUAACCCAGAAGCCGCUGUUUCCAGGGAAGUCGGAUAUUGACCAAAUUAACAAAGUUUUCAAGGUAUGCCCUUAAACCGUCGCACAAACACACACACUGCCACUCAUCAUAUAUUUGCGUAAUGCCAAACAAAACAAAACAAAAUAGGUGCUAGCUUUCUCUUUUCUGCUGCAAAGGCCCCCUAAAGAGAUGUUGUUAAUUCCCUGUUUUUCACUUGAUGAUAUUCUGGCCCCCAGUGGGUCGAAAAAUAAGAUGCUUGCUUUUCGAUCCAGUGUGCUUCCUUUGUUGAUAAGCAACUAGCUUGGCAGGCUUUCGGUGUCAUGCUCUCCACCUGACAUGGUCUGGAUGGCACAGACAUGCAUUUAGUGACUCACUAGGGAGCUGUAGGCAACUAGAAAUUCCUUGUGGGUGAGCAAACCCUUCUAGUGGGCCCCCCCUUUGUUCAUGUACUAACUGCAGAAGAAGGAAACUACAGUGGUACCUCGGGUUACAGACGUUUCAUCUUACAGACUCCGCUAACCCAGAAAUAUUACCUCGGGUUAAGAACUUUGCUUCAGGAUGAGAACAGAAAUCAUGCUCUGGCGGCGCGGCGGCAGUGGGAGGCCCCAUUAGCUAAAGUGGUGCCUCAGGUUAAGAACAGUUUCAGGUUAAGAACGGACCUCCGGAACAAAUUAAGUUCUUAACCCGAGGUACUACUGUAUUUCCCCAACUGCACAAAGAAAUGCAGUGAGUCUUAAUUUUUUUACUAGCUGAGCGGUGGCUUUUGGUACCCCAUGGUAGAUACUUUUAGGGUGUAAGGCAAGGAGCCCUAACAGUAUUGUAGGGCUGGAGCCAAUGACAACUCACUCGAGUUUUGUCCUCACCCUCCAUCCUGCUGAGUUCUAUAAAGGCCAUACUGACUCAGAGGAGGAGGAGGAAGAAGAAGCUGACAGACCAUGCCUUCCUCUGGACUGGUUGUAUGUUUUAAGGUAGGGGCUGGCUGAGGUCAGAUUGGAUUUUCAGUAACAGAAGCCCGAGUCACUAGCAACAGAUGCAUACCAAAAGUCACAAAAGUUCCUAACAAUAUAUCGCCCAAAUGGGAUGAUACUUCCUGGUUUUUCAAAACUUUUGUUCUCAUUUUGUCUACGAUCCUUAUUCCAUUAUCUUGAUCUCCACUAUUUUUGCCCACAGACAAUCCUUGCUAGUAUCAUACUGACUGGGGCAAGGGGAGAAGGGGGGUUGAGCCAUUUUAAGCCAGCUUCCUUACAUGGUUUUUCAUAAUUCUUUCUGGAAGGAUCUGGGAACCCCCAGUGAGAAAAUCUGGCCUGGAUAUAACGAGCUGCCGGCAGUGAAGAAGAUGACGUUCACGGAAUAUCCUUACAACAACCUCCGCAAGCGGUUUGGGGCACUCCUCUCAGACCAGGGAUUUGAUCUCAUGAAUAAGUAAGUCCAUAAGAAUAUCAAAAACGUAAGAUGAGCCCUGCUGGAUCAGACCAAAGACCCAUCUAGUCCAGCAUCCUGUUCUCAUAGUGGCCAGCCCAGUACAGGAGGAGGUAGAGCAUAGCCUUCAUGACUAGCCGUCCUCCAUCAAAUCCCCUUUUAAAGCUGUCCAAGGAGAGAACCAUGAAUUAGAACAUUAGAAGAGGCCUUUUGGAUCAGGCCCCUCCAGUCCACUUUCCCUAUUUGUAAUUCCCAGCAGCUGGUAUUCAGCUCCCUCCAAGAGUAAACUGCUUUGAGGUUUUACAGUGGUACCUUGGGUUACAGAUGCUUCAGGUUACAGACGCUUCAGGUUACAGACUCCACUAACCCAGAAAUAGUACCUCGGGUUAAGAACUUUUAUUCAGGAUGAGAACAGAAAUCGUGCGGCGGCAGCGGGAGGCCCCAUUAGCUAAAGUGGUGCUUCAGGUUAAGAACAGUUUCAGGUUAAGAACGGACCUCCGGAAUGAAUUAAGUUCUUAACCCGAGGUACUACUGUAUUACAAUCAUGCUGUGAAAUAUACUGUAUAAUUUGGAAAGUUGUUUGUCUGUCUGUUCUCUGCAUUCAGACACUCCUGAAGUUAUGGCCACCCAGUUUGGCGUGAUGGUUCCUAAGAUGUAGGAGUGGGUUUCAAUCUCUGUUCUAAUACUAUUGGACACCAUUCUGAGUCAAGAUGGUGGACUGAACCUUUUCAAACGGCACUGAUUUAGACACCUGUAGAUACGCCGCCACCCGCUUUGGCACAAUGGUCCCUGAGAUGAAGGGCUGGGUUUUGAUCUAUCUAUGUUUGGAUACUAUUGGGAGCCAUGUUGAAUCAAGAUGGCGGUCUGACUGGUUUUAACCAAAUUUGGCAGGAGACCAGCAAAUCGCAUUAUAUCCGUUAAUGAAUCUCAGUGCGGUUUCUUUGUUUAUUAGAAUUCCUGAGCAAUGCUGCGUACUUUCUGCUAGUUAAUGAAUAAAUAAAUAGGCAGCACAGAGAGAACACAGUGAUCAUGGCUAGUAGCCAUUGAUAAUAGCCUUAUCCUCUAUGAAUAGCACCACAUUCAAGAGGCAGAUGCAACCCAGCGUUGCAGGGAAAAUUGAGCCGCUUGGGUAAGGUUCUGACCCUAACCCACCCGACCUUGAGGCACAUUGUGAUUGCUACACACACACACACACACACCCCAGAUGCCAUGCCAUAGCAAUUCUUCCCGGUGGGGAGUGAAGUGGUGUAUGAAAUUGUGCUAAGUGAACAAUUUGCAAAAAAAAUCUUCUUUGGCGGCAUCCGACUUCAUGCUCACCCGCGUUUUUCUGCCCGAAGCUGCCUGCUACUUUUUUCCAGCACAGCGAGCAAAUCGUCAGACAUGAGAAUUUGAAGUUCUGGGCCCCGCUUUGUUUUGUUUCUAAAAGGGCUUUCAGUGAGCUCUCUUCCAGAUAAAAUAGAGGCAGCUUGGCAUUGCAGGGUGGCUACGGUUCAUACUUGCCCACUCUGGCUCACCUCUCCUUCUGAAAUUCAUUUUCUUCGUCAUUCCCAUCAGCUCAUUGUGCUAACCCUUUUCCAGGUUCCUGACGUACUACCCAGGCAGAAGGAUCACCGCUGAAGAUGGCUUGAAGCACGAGUAUUUCCAGGAGACGCCACUGCCCAUCGAGCCAUCCAUGUUUCCGACAUGGCCAGCAAAAAGUGAACAGCAGCGAGUGAAACGUGGGACGAGUCCACGGCCGCCAGAGGGGGGCUUAGGAUACAGUCAGCUGGUAAGUUUCCUUGUAGUCGGCGAAGCUCUGUGUAAAAAUUCAUCAUCCUAAAAAGGCCUGUGUUUUAAAAGAGAACAGGUUUCUGGACCUUAUUGAAAUUUUCGAAAAGGAAAACCCAAGGUGGAAGAUGGUACACUUUAAGUCUAUAAUGCUUCCAACAUAACUCUCCCUUUAUUUGUAAAGGUAAAGGUAAAGGGACCCCUGACCAUUAGGUCCAGUUGUGGCUGACUCUGGGGUUGCGGCGCUCAUCUCGCUUUAUUGGCCAAGGGAGCCGGUGUGCAGCUUCUGGGUCAUGUGGCCAGCAUGACUAAGCCGCUUCUGGCGAACCAGAGCAGUGCACGGAAACGCCGUUUACCUUCCUGCUGACGUGCUUUUGAACUGCUAGGUUGGCAGGAGCAGGGACCGAGCAACGGGAGCUCACCCCGUCGCGGGGAUUUGAACUGCCAACCUUCUGAUCGGCAAAUCCUAGGCUCUGUGGUUUAACCCACAGCGCCACCCGCGUCCCCUUUAUCUGUACGUUAUGUCAAUUUUAUGUUCUCAUUCUUUGACCCAGAUGACGUAACCAGGUGAAGAAGCUCUGGGUGUGCUUGGUUUCCUUUUUCUUUUUAAAGAGGAGGAAGUCACAGUCUUCCUUCUCUGGGCUGUACCAGGGGGGAAGAACAGUUUUGAACGCUCGUCUUGCGUCCUUCCAAGCAAGAGCAGAACCAGGUGCUCCUAAGCCAGGAAGGAGAGGUGGAACACAGUUUUCCUGGAACCAACUUCGCCCUUUUCAAAAUCACCAUGUGCCACCUCUUUCUACAAAUUAUGCAGACCAUCCUUGCCCCAGUGUGAUGCCCUCCAGAUAUUUGGACUUAUAGCAGGACCAGUGGCCAGGCAUGAUGGGACUUGUACUCCCAACAACAGCUGGAGACCCACGUUCGAGAAACACUGGUCUACACUGACAGCAGUUUUCAGAGGGUUCAGGCAUGGGGCAUUCCUUGCCCUACUAGGAGAUGCCAGCUGGGAUUGAACCAGGAACCUUCUGCGUACAGGGUAGAUUCUCUGCCACUGAGCUAUCGCCCUUCUCCAGCAACGCUGUUAACAGGAAGAAGGGCCUGUUACAUAGCUCAGUGACAGAGCACUCCUCUUGGCGUAUAGAAAAAACCCUGUUUCAAUCAGUCCUAAGGAUCAGAGAUAGCAAGCCGCCUCCUUCAUCUCUCCUUCAGAGAUGGCUGGCAGCAGUUAAAAACUCAGUGCUAUGCCCACUGCUAGUGCUCAUAUUGCAACCACUAUCUCAGGGGUCAGCAAACUUUUUCAGCAGGGGGCCAGUCCACUGUCCCUCAGACCUUGUGGGGGGUCGGACUAUAUGGGGGGGGGGGAGAACGAAUUCCCAUGCCCCACAAAUAACCCAGAGAUGCAUUUUAAAUAAAUGCACACAUUCUGCUUGUGUAAAAACACCAGGCAGGCCCCACAAAUAACCCAGAGAUGCAUUUUAAAUAAAAGGACACAUUCUACUCAUGUAAAAGCACGUUGAUUCCUGGACCAUUCGCGGGCUGGAUUUAAAAGGUGAUUGGGCUGAAUCCGGCCCCUGGGCCUUCCUUUGCCUACCCAGGCACUAUCCCGUCUAUCUUGUUUUUCCCCCCAGUCCCAGACAGUGGCUGCAUUUGGCUUGGUAGGUUUGCAACCGGCGCAGGCCUUAUCUGCCAGCAGGUGGCGAUGUUGCUUUGUGGAACGCUUAAAGAAUAUAUAUGAGAUAGAGCCUUUUGGAUCAGACCAAAAGGCCUCUGUAGUCCAUCAUCUUCUUCCUCACCAUGGCCUGUGGGAAGUCCACAAGCAGGGCCUGAGAACAGUUGCCCUUUUCCCACAGACUGGUACACAGUUGCAAACCUGUGUGUGCCUAUAACCAUCACAGCUUGCUAGCUGUUGCAUGAGCUCCCCUCUUCGACUCAUAAGCCUCAUUCCCUUCUCAAGUCAUCUUAAACUGGCAGCUCCCAUCUUGUGGGAGUGAGUUCCAUAAGUUCACUACGCACUGUGUGACGAAGUCCUUCCUUUUGUCUGUUUUGAAAUAUCCACCAUUCAGAAGGCCUGGCAUUCUUAGAAUCUCCUUAUCUGCAGCUGACUGUUGGCUAGUGAAACAUCUUAAGUUCGCAUAUCUGUUUUGUCAUUCUAGGGUGACGACGACUUGAAGGACACCGGCUUCCAUCUUACGACCACAAACCAAGGGGCAUCAGCCGCGGGACCAGGCUUCAGUUUGAAGUUCUAA